AUGGAAGGUGUCUUCACUCACGCGCCCAAUCACCUUGUUGGCGACUCCGCCUCUGCAAUCAACGAGGGCGACGACAUCUCGACUCUCGAUGCCGGUGAAAGUGCCUUGGAUGGUGAAUAUGGAAGGGGCAAUUUGAAUGGUGGUCCUCGUAGGAGAAGGGUUGGUGAUGAUGAUGAGACGGAUGUGUUCGAUGACGACGACCUGGAAUCACUUGCGAGUCACGCUGCGAAUGGCCACAACGGACAAGCGGCGCCGGCUCCCGAAGAAGAGGUGGAACUCCCGCCCCAUGCGUGCGCAUACUGUGGGAUUCACAAUCCAAGCUCAGUCGUGAAGUGCCUGACCUGUACAAAAUGGUUCUGCUCGGCUCGCGGAAACACUUCAUCUAGUCACAUCAUCAAUCACCUUGUACGCGCUCGGCACAAAGAGGUGCAACUUCACCCAUCCUCGCCACUUGGAGACACGACAUUGGAGUGCUACAAUUGCGGAACAAAGAAUGUUUUCAUGCUGGGAUUUAUCCCAGCCAAGAGCGACACAGUGGUGGUGCUCUUGUGUCGUCAACCAUGUGCGGCCAUGCCCAGCUCCAAGGACAUGAAUUGGGACACUUCAAAGUGGCAGCCAUUGAUUGAAGACCGCUCAUUUUUACCAUGGCUGGUCAACGCCCCGACAGAUCAGGAACAGAUGCGGUCUCGUCAUCUCUUGCCACAGGUCAUUGUCAAGCUCGAGGAGAUGUGGAAGGACAAUUCGAACGCGACCAUUCAGGACCUUGAGAAGACCGCGGGCGUCGAUGACGAACCGGCUCCCGUCCUGCUGCGUUACGACGACGCAUAUCAGUAUCAGAACGUAUUCGGUCCUUUAGUGAAAAUCGAAGCGGACUAUGAUCGGAAAUUGAAAGAGGCGCAGAGUCAGGACAACUUGAUCGUUCGGUGGGAUUUCGGAUUGAAUAGCAAGCAUCUGGCGUCAUUUGUCCUUCCGAAGCUUGAACUUGGCGACGUCAAGCUUGCGGUCGGUGAUGAGAUGAGAUUGAGAUACACGGGUGAGCUGCGCCCGCACUGGGAAGGCGUUGGCUACGUGAUCAAGAUACCGAACAACAUGAAUGACGAGGUGACGUUGGAGCUUCGAGCGCGCGGUGAUCACAAAUCUGUACCAACUGAGUGCACUCACAAUUUCACCGCAGACUAUGUCUGGAAGGCAACUUCAUUCGACCGCAUGCAGCAUGCCAUGAAAACCUUUGCCAUUGACGAGAUGUCGGUCUCAGGAUACAUUUUCCACCGCUUGCUCGGUCACGAAGUGGCUGCCGCUCCGAUGAAAGUCCAACUGCCACGCAAGUUCAGCGUGCCGAACCUUCCCGACCUCAAUGGAUCACAAAUUAACGCUGUGAAAUCAGUCCUGCAGAAGCCGUUGAGUCUGAUCCAGGGACCGCCGGGUACUGGAAAGACCGUGACUUCUGCCACAAUCAUCUAUCAUCUCUCGAAGCUGAACGGAGGCCAGGUCCUUGUUUGUGCUCCAUCGAACGUCGCCGUUGACCAGUUGUGUGAGCGAGUUCACAUAACAGGGCUCAAGGUCGUUCGUGUAUCUGCAAAGUCGCGAGAGGAUGUGGAGUCUAAUGUCGGCUUCCUUUCGCUCCACCGACAAGUUCAGAUGAAUGACACCAACGUUGAGCUCACCAAAUUGAACCAAUUGAAGGCCGAGCUGGGUGAAUUGUCCAGCCAGGACGAAAAGAAAUUCAAGACACUCACUCGCGCAGCGGAACGUGAGAUUUUGCAGAACGCCGACGUAAUUUGUUGCACCUGUGUUGGUGCUGGUGAUCCUCGCCUUGCAAAACUCAAAUUCAGAACUGUCCUGAUCGAUGAGAGCACCCAGUCCGCCGAGCCUGAGUGCAUGAUUCCACUAGUCUUGGGUUGCAAGCAAGUUGUUCUUGUUGGAGAUCAUCAACAGCUUGGCCCCGUCAUCAUGAACAAGAGAGCUGCAAAGGCCGGUUUGAAUCAGUCGCUCUUCGAACGGUUGGUUGCUCUGGGCUGUGCACCGAUCCGACUCAAUGUCCAGUACCGUAUGCAUCCUUGUCUCUCGGAGUUCCCUUCGAACAUGUUCUACGAAGGCUCUCUGCAAAAUGGCAUCACAAUGCAACAGCGUCUGAGGAAAGAUGUCGACUUUCCCUGGCCUGUCGCAGACUCGCCCAUGAUGUUCUGGUCUAAUCUGGGUAACGAAGAGAUCAGUGCCUCUGGUACGUCUUACCUGAAUCGAACCGAGGCACAGAACGUUGAAAAAAUUGUCACUCGCUUCUUCAAGGCCGGCGUCAGCCCAUCUGCAAUCGGUAUCAUUACUCCAUAUGAAGGACAACGCUCCUACGUCGUGCAGAGCAUGCAGCAGACCGGAACUUUUAAGAAAGAGCACUACAAAGAGAUUGAGGUCGCGUCUGUCGAUGCUUUCCAAGGCAGAGAGAAGGACUUCAUCGUACUCUCCUGUGUGCGAAGCAACGAUCAUCAGGGCAUCGGUUUCUUGAGCGACCCACGUCGUCUGAACGUUGCUCUGACACGUGCAAAGUAUGGCUUGGUUGUUCUCGGAAAUCCCAAAGUGCUUAGCAAGCACCCCCUCUGGCAUUAUCUGCUCUUGCAUUUCAAGGAGCGCAAUUGCUUGGUCGAGGGCCCGCUGAAUAAUCUUCAAGUCUCCUUGUUGCAAUUCAGCCGGCCCAAGACGACUUACCGUGGCCCUCAACGUUACAACAUGGCCUACCAGAAUGCGAACCACAUGGCGGCCACUGGCGCCGAACGUAGCAAUGGCCGCCGCAACGGGCCCCCGACUGACAACGGAAGUAUUGUGGGGUACAUCCCCGACGAUGUAUCCUCAAUUCACUCAUCGGCGCUCGGCGGGGCUGCUUUGCCUUCUCAAUACCCUCCCAUGUUCCAGGGAUUCCAGGAUUCGUGGCCGACAUUGCAAGGUGGGCCGCGAAACGGCCCCAUUCACGACAAGACGCACCAUAUGCCCGAGUCUAUCGCCGGCGAGAGUGUGGCCGCCAGCGAGAUCACGGACAUCACGACCAACGGCUCCGCCAAACCUGGGCAGGGCGGUGUCAGCUUGGCAGGACUGAGCAUCAACGACCUCAACAAGCAGGCCUCCUUGUCCCAAUCUGAUAAGCUUCGUCGCUACGUCGAGGGUCAAGGUCCAUCCCAACCGCCGAUCGGUGCUGGCCGGAAUCGAUCUACCCUCGAAGACGAAGACGCACGGAGCGUUAGCACCGCUUUUGCUAGUCAAGUUGGA